UCAGUCACUCGGGAGUUGUGCAGUCGCUCGUUGGUCACUUUUUGCUGGUCUUUUGUCCGCCCUUUUUAAAGUGUUUUUUAUUUCAAUUUUUAAUACACAUUUUGUACCAACAAAUUAUAAAUAACUAUCAAGUACUACGACUUGAAAGUUUCGGCAAUAAAGUAGACAUAAUUAAAAAAAUAUAAAACUAAAUUGUGCCUUAAAAAAGUGCAAGUGGAAAAAUAGAAACCGGCAUCAGCAUCAGCAGCAGCAUGGCCCAAGACACAGAGACGGGGGUUAAGGAUCAACAUACGCAGCACGAUCAUAUCGACGAAGAUGAAGUCAGCGAACUGCAGCGGCCUCCCAGCUUCUACCAGAAGGUGCGUGAGCAGGCCGAGCGUUUUGCCAGCACACGUCUUGGCCAGUAUGCCAUUGAGCGGACCGAUCGUGUGCUCAAGUUGCUCGAGGACACCACCAAGUGGAGUCUGCCACUGGAGAAGAACUCGAAUGCGGCGUUGCUGGAGCGUCCACUACCCUGGGUGCCCUUCUUGCUGCUCAUCGUUGUGCUGCGCUUGACGCGCAUCUGGCUAUCGGUGGGAGCACUGAUGAUUGGCAAUGGACCGGUGUCGCCUUCGGAUAUGAUUUACUUCAUACAGACGCGUCGCCGCAAGCUGCGUGCCAUACGCGUUCAUGGGUUGAAGGUGAUGCGGCAUCGCCAUCAGGAAGCAUCCAGCAUGUCGGGCAAGAGCUUUACCCAACAGCUCAGUCAAUGGCUCUCUCGUGCCAUCUGUCGUCCAGGUGUACAGCGGGCAAAUAGUGGACGCUCUUUCGUUAUACAGAAGCACGAACCACAGCAGAAUCAGAGCGUAGCCAAGCGUCCACGGGAAGAGGAGGAAACUGCAGUGCAGAAUCUGACAAUCGAUGAAAUGCUCAACAAGUAUGCGAAUGAGAACUCCGAAGAUGACUCAGACUUUGUGCCCCAGGCAGAGGACGAGAGCGCAACCAGUUCCAGCGAGAGUGAAUCCCACAGCAGCGAUGAGAUCAGCAGCAACGAGGAACAAGAGAUCGCCGAGGAGCAUAAAUCGAACGGAUUGCCACCCAGCAAGAAGGAGGAAGAGAAGGAGUCGGAGGAAACGCAGGCGAAGACAACGAUGAGCAACGGCAGCAAUGACAAGGAACAGACGGAAGUUGCAACUGAACGGCAGGCCACAUUGAAGGAGGAUGAAUGGAAGUCGUCGCCGGGCCAUAUGAGUGCCGCUUUGAUGAAGACUGCACUGUAUAAUAACACGGCUGCUGCAGCCUCAACUGACCAGCCCCUGCCUCAAUCCCAGUCCAACUCCACACCCAAUCCCGAUACUGACCCUGAUCCCAACGACACGGACACCGAGACGGACAGCAGCAGUGGCAAUACUGUACAGCUGCUGCCGCAAACCGAUGUUGAAACUACCUCUGAACCGAAUGAACCUCAAACGCCGAUUCAUCCCACAAUAGAGACCUUAACGCCUGCCACAUCCUCUGAAGAUAUUUUCUAUAGUCCCAUUGGUUCUCCCAAUUACUUUUGUACCAUCAAAACUGCUGCCGCUUUUUCCACGCCAAACUCUGAGCUGGACGAUGAUCACACAGUUCAAUCCGAUCUGGAAGAAGCUGUCAGACAGAACAUCUCGCUAGCUUAUGAGGACCAAUUCGGCAAUACAGCUCCUGGUCAAACCCACAAGCAACCACAGCAGCAGCAACAGCAAAAACAACAGCAGCAACGGCAAUACAAUUCCCAUCACCGUUACCGCGGGCGUAACCGACGCUAGGGCACAGCGUCUUUUCCUAUAUAUACAUAAUAUAUCCUUUGUUUAAUACAUA